CGCACACGCAGCGUGGGAACAGCGCGCCGUCGACGAUGGCGUAGUUGAGUAUGAGAUCUGUUUCUCUUUUCGGUACCCGUCUUUACUUCCUCUCAUUCAACACGUGAACUGUCCACUGCUCACCGCGAUUCGAUUGACUUGCAACUGAACCAGACGAAGAAGCAACUUCUGGGAAUCAACAGAAACAACAGCCCAACCACAAUACAGUAAAACUGGCACCAACAGCGCAAGCAGAACAAACCCGACCAGCACCGCGCUCCAGUCGCGACGAGACACACGCUCACAAUGGCCUACACCACCUCCAACACCACAACGCGCAGCAGCUCACCCACAAAGACAUCCGAAACCCCCACCACCCUCUCCAAACCCCGCAUCCUCUGCCUCCACGGUGGCGGCGUCAACAGCGAAGUCUUCCGCAUGCAAUGCCGCUCCCUCAUCAAACACCUCCCAGCCUUUCGCUUCGUCUUCGCGGACGGUCCCUGGUUCUGCGAAGCCGGACCGGGAAUCGUCCCCGUCUACGAAGACUGCGGGCCUUUUCGACGCUGGCUUCGUUGGUUACCGCAUCAGCCUGAGACAGACGAUGGAUCCGCUACAGAGGAGAUUUUCUAUGAAAUUGAGAGGUGUAAGAGGGAAGAUGAUGAUAAGGGUGCGACGGGAGAGUGGGUCGGGAUUCUGGGGUUCUCGCAGGGUGCGAAGGUUGCGGCGAGUUUGUUGUAUGAUCAGCAGAUUAGGGAGGAGAAGGGGUUGGAGGUGGAUACGAGGUAUAAAUUUGGGGUGUUGACGGCGGGGAGGAAUCCUUUGGUGAGUUUUGGGGAGUAUAGUCGGUCUGAAGCGUUGGUGAGUGCUGGGCAAUUGAGUGAGGGGUUUGUGUUUGAGGGGACGAGUCCGCAUAUUUUGAAGUUGCCGACUUUGCAUGUGCAUGGAUUGAGAGAUAAUGGGCUGCAUUUGCAUCGGAGGUUGUUGAAGCAGUAUUGUGAUCCGGAGACGAGUGAGGUUGUGGAAUGGGAUGGGGAUCACAGGGUGCCCAUUAAAUCGACUGAUGUAAAGCCGAUUAAAGAUUGGGUGUACGAUAUUGCGAGGAAGGAGGGGAUACCAUUGAGGGAGACGUGACGGGCCAAGAAGAAGAAGAUAUAGACGAAGAUCAUGAUAGUAAUCAUCACAGCCGUCCGCGGCCAG